AUGCAAUCCAAUAUGUCUCCACAUUUCACACCUAAAGCUGCUUGGAGAAUUAAGCCAACUAAGAAGCCAAACAACCAAAAACGUCAAGUGGAAAAAUUCCAACAGUUGAAAUUCACAAAUAAACCAGACUGGAAAGUUUUAAAAAAAUCAAGAAGCUCAGCAGCCAAAAAGAAUCAGUUCUUAUUUGUUGACUUGUCUCCAAAAGCCGAUACUUCGAAUAAAGAAAAUAAAUUACAGUCGCCAUGUACUUUGAACAACGGCUAUGAAUUCAACCCAUAUCCUUCACCUACAGAGUCCAGAUUUGCUGACUCUCCUCCUAAAUGCGUCUUUCAGAAUGGUCAAGUCGUCCUCAGUUCUUCUUUUUCUCCUAUCCAAAAUCAUCAGGUGAACUGCUCAUUCGAAGACGAAGAUGAAUGCCAUGAUGCUAAAGCAGCCUUUGCCAAAAUCGUUGGUAAAUCUUUAAGUUCCUUAGAAUCAUCAAUAAACUCUCCGGUGAUUAAAAAAAGAUCGAAGAGCACUGACAAUCUUUCAUACGGUAGCAGGAUCUCUAAACCAAUGGUCAGAAACUCAAAGUCCUUUUCUAGUGCUUCAUUUGACCUUUCCAGGUUGGUUUUGCCUUCAUCAACUCCUAAUAGAUCUUCUUCCAAAGAAAACACAACCUUUCUGGAAACGCCUUGCACUCCAUUGCCUGCCAAUACUUUAGGUGCUACUGCACAGUUUGCUGCUGCCGGUGUUAACCAUCCUGCUGCUCGCAACUCGUCUUUAUUAUCUUCAAUUUCUGUUGGAUCUCCAAUACAGCUUGGAGAUUUCAAACAAUUUACAGACACUACUUUUGCAGAUGUUGGUGGCCUUAAGACUCCUACAAGCUCACCUGCUGCCGCUCAACAAAUUGAUUUUCAACACCAGCCUCAAUUUGAAAACCAGCUGUUCGAGGAAACUCCUAUAACUACUUCGAUGAUUGCUCCAAAUACUUCCUUUGAGUUCAAUAACUUCUCUAAUGCCAUUGGCAACAGUAUGAUGGGGGUUCCAAUGACAACCACCCCUAUCACUGGGAUUGGUUCGAUCAUGGGAAGUCCAUCUAAAGUGAGAUCGGAAAUCUUGAAUUUCAGUGACGACUUUUUCCAAUUACAAAUGGGUCAAAUUGGCCAAAAGAUUGGCGAUUUGGGAUUCGAUUUGUUUGGAUAUGGGUUUUAG